CCACACUCACCUCAUGCGAUCCAACCGCCGCCCCUGCAUCUCGGUCUCCCAAGUGAGUGUGAUGCCGUCGGUCCACAUUAUCAGCCUCGGUGUGUUGGGGACCAUUGAUUUCUCUCCGUGAAGUGUUCAUCAUAUGAAUUUGUAAGCCAAGGAAGUGCCAGUCAGUAACAGGAGAAACAUGGAGGGAAAUUCAGAAUCCCAAGACCUGUUGGUACAGCAGGAACCGUCAGGUGGCAAUGUGAAUGAGGCAUCUGAUGUGUCUGAUGAUUGCCAUGACAGUAGUGAACAGCUUUCCCUUAGCCCAGCUGGAUCUCCAACUGAAGCCCCACCGUCCUAUAAGCCUGAGCCACAAGUGCCUGAUAUCCCCUCAUCAUCCGUCACACACGAUGCCGCCAACGACAACUGUACAUACAACGAUAGCCCUGAAAGAGAAUACUGUGAUACCAACAAUGAAGUAGGAGGCAGUUAUGGUGAUGGAGAAUGUGCCACAUCCACUAAUUAUGGUUCACGUAUAGGCCAUAGUCGCGGUGCUAGCCAAGUUUCUUCCUGUGAACCAUCAGUUUGCCGUAUGUCAGGUCGAGAUUUGUGCCAUAGCCGAGGAGCUAGUACAGAUGGUUCAACCAUGGAGGCUUACCCUUAUUCUGCUUCUGAAAGCCGACGAGGCACCUAUAGUGAAGCAGGAACACUGCCUAUUGGGUCAACAAUCAUCGAAGAAAACAUGCAAGGCUGGGAUCGUGAAUCUGAGAAAAAGCUGUCGGAUAGUGAAGAAGUAGGAACAACUUAUUCAAGAAAACUGGUAUCCUUCUGUGAUUGCUGUCAGUCGGUUCUGCGCAGCCAACAUGAACUGAGAGAACAUCCAACAACAUUGGAAUUGAUAAAAUAUGCCUUCACUUGCCCCCCACAUGGAAAGGUUGGGAAUUUCCUGCUAUGGCUGUUAAUUGGCCUUGCCUUCUGGGGCUGCCUGAUCUCCAUCACUGGCGAAGAGGCUCUUCCGGGCGGGAACUUUUUCAGCCUCAUCGUCCUGUAUGUGUUUGCCAUGCUGGCUGGUGAAGCUGUGAAACACAUUGGCCUUCCCUCCCUGCUGGGGAGUCUGGUGGUGGGCAUACUGUUUAGCAGUAUACCUGGCAUUAAUGUUAUUGGGAGUAAUUUAGAUCAUUCAUGGUCUGCUGCCUUGAGAAAAAUUGCCCUCGUGAUCAUUUUGAUAAGGGCUGGGCUUGGCUUGGAUCCAGUUGCCUUAAGAAAGCUAAGCUGCAUUGUUCUGAGACUGGCUUUCAUGCCAUGUAUGGUGGAGGCCUUGACUAUGGGUGUUGUUUCUAAGUUCUUACUUGACCUUCCAUGGAGCUGGAGUUUGAUGCUUGGUUUUGUGGUGGCUGCUGUGUCUCCAGCUGUAGUUGUGCCAUGCUUGCUGAAGCUGGGUGAGGAUGGAUAUGGUGUAGAGCAAGGGAUUCCAACCCUGGUUAUUGCAGCAGCAAGUAUGGAUGAUGUUCUGGCCAUUACAGGUUUCAGUGUUAUGAUGGGAUUAACAUUUGCCAAGGGUUCAACAACAUGGACAGUGUUCAAAGGGCCAUUUGAAAUAUUCACAGGAAUUGUAUAUGGCAUUGUAUUUGGUAUUGUGUGUUGGUAUCUGCCAUAUAGAGAAAAGAAGAACAGGGCAAUCUACAAAUUGCUAAUGCUCUUUGGUCUUGGAGGGCUUGCCAUGUUUGGGAGUCACAAGGUUGGACUGGAGAGUUCAGGAGCAAUUGCUGUGUUGACAGUGGCCUUUGUUGCUGGUUUAGGGUGGCGUAAACCAGGAAAUGAGGAUCCUGCUGUUGGCAAAUAUUAUCGCUUCUUAUGGGAGAUCUUCCAGCCAAUGCUCUUUUGCUUGAUUGGCGCAGAGAUUAAUGUCAUGGCCAUAGAGCCAAGCACUGUAGGAUGGGGUUUACUUGCACUGAUAGUAGGACUAACCCUAAGAGUUGCUACCUCAUUCGUUGUUGUGAUGGGUGCCUCGUUUACAGUGUGGGAGAGAUUAUUUAUUGCUAUUGCUUGGCUUCCAAAGGCCACUGUGCAGGCUGCCAUUGGGUCUUUAGCCUUAGAUUACGUCCAGCAGUCUGAUAGUGAACCUGACCCUGAGGAUAUUCAACGCGGGGUGAAGGUUGUUACUAUUGCAGUAAUGGUGAUUUUGGUAACUGCUCCUCUAGGGGCAGCUGCGAUCAAACUGACAGGGCCCAAGUUCCUUGCUAGAAAACCCUCUUCCAACUCGCCGCAAGACUCAGAAACUACAGUUUAGACUGAUUGUUAUCCCUUUUCCAGAUAUAUCUUCCUGUUGUUUUUUGUAGGGUUUGAACUCUAUUCUGCUUUCAAUAACAUGCAAACUACUAGAAAUAGUUGAAGAGGUUUCUUAUAUUUAUAGAGAAUGUCAAUUUGAAAUAUUUUUAUGAUAUUUUACAUAUUACUUCACAUGUAUAUUGGAAUUCGAUAGGAAGAUUUAAUACAGCAGCUUCUCAGCUACACCCUAUAUAUUAGUUUUUUCUUAUUUAGUUGACCAGUUACAGCAGUUCAUUAUUACUGAGACCAAUACUUUUGUGAUAUUAUUUUUAUUUGUAAAAUUGCAAGCUUUUAGAACGAAAAGCACUUCAUUAGCUCCAUGCAUUAAAAAUAAGUAAACAAAAAAAUCAUGGAGUCAUGUGUGCAUCAUCCCAGUACGUGAUUCUUAUCAACUAAGGUCCUAAAUUCAAACAUGGAAAGUAUUUAUGUCACAGUUAUGUUCCAGCCUUUAGAAGAGAAUGUCAAAGACUGGUGGUUACUAAAGACCUUUCUUAGUUUUGCAA